AUGGACGUGGACGUGGACGUGGACGUGGACGUGGACGUGGACUUUGACGUGGACGUGGACGUGGACGUGGACGUGGACAUUGUCGUGGAGGUGGACGUGGACGUGGACAUGGACGUGGACGUGGACGUGGACGUGGACGUGGACGUGGACAUGGACGUGGACGUGGACGUGGACAUUGUCGUGGACAUGGACGUGGAUAUUGUCGUGGACUUGGACGUGGACGUGGACGUGGACAUGGACGUGGACCUGGACGUGGACGUGGACAUGGACGUGGACGUGGACGUGGACGUGGACAUGGACGUGGACGUGGACGUGGACGUGGACAUGGACGUGGACUUGGACGCGGACGUGGACGUGGACGUGGACGUUAACUUGGACGUGGACGUGGACGAGGACGUGGACAUUGUCGUGGAGGUGGACGUGGACGUGGACAUGGACGUGGACAUGGACGUGGACGUGGACGACUUGGACGUGGACAUGGACGUGGACGUGGACGUGGACGUGGACGUGGACAUGGACGUGGACGUGGACGUGGACGUGGACAUGGACGUGGACGUGGACGUGGACGGGGACAUGGACGUGGACGUGGACGUGGACGUGGACGUGGACAUGGACGUGGACGUGGACGUGGACGUGGACGUGGAGGAGGUGGACGUGGACGUGGACGUGGACGACGUGGACGUGGACGUGGACGUAGACGUGGACGUGGACGUGGACCUGGACGUGGACGUGGACGUGGACGUGGACAUGGACGUGGACCUGGACGUGGACGUGGACGUGGACGUGGACAUGGACGUGGACGUGGACGUGGACGUGGACGUGGACAUGGACAUGGACGUGGACGUGGACGUGGACGUGGACGUGGACGUGGUCGUGGACGUGGACGUGGACGUGGACAUGGACGUGGACGACGUGGACGUGGACGUGGACAUGGACGUGGACAUGGACGUGGACGUGGACGUGGACAUUGUCGUGGACGUGGACGUGGACGUGGACGUGGUCGUGGACGUGGACGUGGACGUGGACGUGGACAGGGACGUGGACGUGGACGUGGUCGUGGACGUGGACGUGGAAGUGGACGUGGACGUGGACGUGGACGUGGACGUGGACGUGGACGUGGACGUGGACGUGGACGUGGACGUGGACGUGGACGUGGACGUGGACGUGGACGUGGACAUGGACAUGGACAUGGACUGGGACGUGGACGAGGAUGUGGACUGGGACGUGGACGAGGACGUGGACGGGGACGUGGACGUGGACGUGGACAUGGACGUGGACAUUGUCGUGGACUUGGACGUGGACGUGGACGUGGACAUGGACGUGGACUUGGACGUGGACAUGGACGUGGACGUGGACGUGGACAUGGACGUGGACGUGGACGUGGACGUGGACGUGGACGUGGACGUGGACAUGGACGUGGACGUGGACGUGGACGUGGACGUGGACAUGGACAUGGACGUGGACGUGGACGUGGACGUGGACGUGGACGUGGUCGUGGACGUGGACGUGGACGUGGACAUGGACGUGGACGACGUGGACGUGGACGUGGACAUGGACGUGGACAUGGACGUGGACGUGGACGUGGACAUUGUCGUGGACGUGGACGUGGACGUGGACGUGGUCGUGGACGUGGACGUGGACGUGGACGUGGACAGGGACGUGGACGUGGACGUGGUCGUGGACGUGGACGUGGAAGUGGACGUGGACGUGGACGUGGACGUGGACGUGGACGUGGACGUGGACGUGGACGUGGACGUGGACGUGGACGUGGACGUGGACGUGGACAUGGACAUGGACAUGGACUGGGACGUGGACGAGGACGUGGACUGGGACGUGGACGAGGACGUGGACGGGGACGUGGACGUGGACGUGGACAUGGACGUGGACAUUGUCGUGGACUUGGACGUGGACGUGGACGUGGACAUGGACGUGGACUUGGACGUGGACAUGGACGUGGACGUGGACGUGGACAUGGACGUGGACGUGGACGUGGACGUGGACGUGGACGUGGACGUGGACGUGGACAUGGACGUGGACGUGGACGUGGACGUGGACAUGGACGUGGACGUGGACGUGGACAUUGUCGUGGACAUGGACGUGGAUAUUGUCGUGGACUUGGACGUGGACGUGGACGUGGACAUGGACGUGAACCUGGACGUGGACGUGGACCUGGACGUGGACAUGGACGUGGACGUGGACGUGGACAUUGUCGUGGACGUGGACGUGGACGUGGACGUGGACGUGGUCGUGGACGUGGACGUGGACGUGGACGUGGACGUGGACAGGGACGUGGACGUGGACGUGGUCGUGGACGUGGACGUGGAAGUGGACGUGGACGUGGACGUGGACGUGGACGUGGACGUGGACGUGGACGUGGACGUGGACGUGGACGUGGACGUGGACAUGGACGUGGACGUGGACGUGGACGUGGACGUGGACGUGGACGUGGACGUGGACAUGGACGCGGACGUGGACGUGGACAUGGACAUGGACGUGGACAUGGACAUGGACUGGGACGUGGACGAGGACGUGGACGGGGACGUGGACGUGGACGUGGACAUGGACGUGGACAUUGUCGUGGACUUGGACGUGGACGUGGACGUGGACAUGGACGUCGACUUGGACGUGGACAUGGACGUGGACGUGGACGUGGACAUGGACGUGGACGUGGACGUGGACGUGGACGUGGACGUGGACAUGGACGUGGACGUGGACGUGGACGUGGACAUGGACGUGGACGUGGACGUGGACAUUGUCGUGGACAUGGACGUGGAUAUUGUCGUGGACUUGGACGUGGACGUGGACGUGGACAUGGACGUGGACCUGGACGUGGACGUGGACCUGGACGUGGACGUGGACGUGGACAUGGACGUGGACGUGGACGUGGACGUGGACGUGGACAUGGACGUGGACGUGGACGUGGACGUGGACAUGGACGUGGACGUGGACGCGGACGUGGACAUGGACGUGGACGUGGACGUGGACGUGGACAUGGACGUGGACGUGGACGUGGACAUGGACGUGGAUGUGGACGUGGACGAGGACGUGGACGAGGACGUGGACGUGGACCUGAACGUGGAUGUGGACGUGGACAUGGACGUGGACGUGGACGUGGACGUGGACGUGGACGUGGACUUGGACGUGGACGUGGACGUGGACAUUGUCGUGGACGUGGACGUGGACGUGGACAUGGACUUGGACGUGGACGUGGACGUGGACGUGGACGUGGACAUGGACGUGGACGUGGACGUGAAGGACUUGGACGUGGACCUGGACGUGGACGUGGACGUGGACGUGGACGUGGACAUGGACGUGGACGUGGACGUGGACGUGGACGUGGACGUGGACGUGGACGUGGCCGUGGACGUGGACGUGGCCGUGGACGUGGACGUGGACGUGGACGUGGACGUGGACGGGGACGUGGACGUGGACGUGGACGUGGACGGGGACGUGGACGUGGCCGUGGAGGUGGACGUGGACGUGGAGGUGGACGUGGACGUGGACGUGGACGUGGACGUGGACGUGGAGGUGGACGUGGACGUAGACGUGGACGUAGACGUGGACGUAGACGUGGACGUGGACGUGGACAUAGACGUGGACGUGGACGUGGACGUGAACGUGGACGUGGACGUGGACGUGGACAUGGACGUGGACGUGGACGUGGACGUGGUCGUGGACGUGGACGUGGACGUGGACGUGGACGUGGACGACGUGGACGUGGACGUGGACAUGGACGUGGACGUGGACAUGGACGUAGACGUGGACAUUGUCGUGGACGUGGACGUGGACGUGGACGUGGAAGUGGUCGUGGACGUGGACGUGGACGUGGACAAGGACGUGGACGUGGACGUGGACGUGGACGUGGACAUUGACGUGGACGUGGACGUGGACGUGGACAGGGACGUGGACGUGGACAUGGACGUGGACGUGGACGUGGACGUGGACGUGGACAUGGACGUGGACAUGGACGUGGACGUGGACAUGGACGUGGACGUGGACCUGGACGUGGACGUGGACGUGGACGUGGACAUGGACAUGGACGUGGACAUUGUCGACGUGGACGUGGACGAAGACGUGGACGUGGACAUGGACGUGGACGUGGACGUGGACGUGGACGUGGAUGUGGACGUGGACGUAGACGUGGACAUGGACGUGGACGUGGACGUGGACGUGGACGUGGACAUGGACGUGGACAUGGACGUGGACGUGGACAUGGACAUGGACAUGGACGUGGACUUGGACGUGGACGUGGACCUGGACGUGGACGUGGACGUGGACGUGGACAUGGACAUGGACGUGGACAUUGUCGACGUGGACGUGGACGAAGACGUGGACGUGGACGUGGACAUGGACGUGGACGUGGAUGUGGACGUGGACGUGGACAUUGUCGUGGACGUCGAGGUGGACGUGGACAUGGACGUGGACGUGGACUUGGACGUGGACGUGGACCUGGACGUGGACGUGGACGUGGACGUGGACAUGGACAUGGACGUGGACAUUGUCGACGUGGACGUGGACGAAGACGUGGACGUGGACGUGGACAUGGACGUGGACGUGGACGUGGACGUGGACGUGGACGUGGACGUGGACUUUGACGUGGACGUGGACGUGGACGUGGACAUGGACGUGGACAUGGACGUGGAUGUGGACAUGGACAUGGACAUGGACGUGGACAUGGACCUGGACGUGGACGUGGACGUGGACGUGGACAUGGACAUGGACGUGGACAUUGUCGACGUGGACGUGGACGAAGACGUGGACGUGGACGUGGACAUGGACGUGGACGUAGAUGUGGACGUGGACGUGGACAUUGUCGUGGACGUCGAGGUGGACGUGGACAUGGACGUGGACGUGGACGUGGACGUGGACAUGGACGUGGACGUGGACGUGGAGGACUUGGACGUGGACAUGGACGUGGACGUGGACGUGGACGUGGACAUGGACAUGGACGUGGACGUGGACGUGGACGUGGACGUGGAGGUGGACAUGGAGGUGGACGUGGACGUGGACGUGGACGUGGAGGUAGACGUGGAGGACGUGGACGUGGACGUGGACAUAGACGACGUGGACGUGGACGAAGACGUGGACGUGGACGUGGACAUGGACGUGGACGUGGACGUGGACGUGGACGUGGACGUGGACGUGGACGUGGACGUGGACGUAGACGUGGACAUGGACGUGGACGUGGACGUGGACGUGGACGUGGACAUGGACGUGGACAUGGACGUGGACGUGGACAUGGACAUGGACAUGGACGUGGACUUGGACGUGGACGUGGACCUGGACGUGGACGUGGACGUGGACAUGGACAUGGACGUGGACAUUGUCGACGUGGACGUGGACGAAGACGUGGACGUGGACGUGGACAUGGACGUGGACGUGGAUGUGGACGUGGACGUGGACAUUGUCGUGGACGUCGAGGUGGACGUGGACAUGGACGUGGACGUGGACGUGGACGUGGACGUGGACGUGGACAUGGACGUGGACGUGGACGUGGAGAACUUGGACGUGGACAUGGACGUGGACGUGGACGUGGACGUGGACGUGGACAUGGACGUGGACGUGGACGUGGACGUGGACGUGGACGUGGAGGUGGACAUGGAGGUGGACGUGGACGUGGACGUGGACGUGGAGGUAGACGUGGAGGACGUGGACGUGGAGGUGGACGUAGACGUGGACGUGGACGUGGACCUGGACAUGGACGUGGACGUGGACCUGGACGUGGACGUGGACGUGGACGUGGACGUGGACAUUGUCGUGGACAUGGACGUGGACUUGGACGUGGACAUGGACGUGGACAUGGACGUGGACUUGGACGUGGACAUGGACGUGGACGUGGACGUGGACGUGGACGUGGACGUGGACGUGGACGUGGACGUGGACGUGGACGUGGACAUGGACAUGGACAUGGACGUGGACAUGGACAUGGACGUCGACGUGGACGUGGACGUGGACGUGGACGUGGACGUGGACAUCGACGUGGACGUGGACGUGGACGUGGACGUGGACGUGGACAUGGACUUGAACAUGGACGUGGACGUGGACGUGGACGUGGACAUUGUCGUGGACGUGGACAUUGUCGUGGACGUGGACAUUGUCGUGGACGUGGACAUUGUCGUGGACGUGGACGUGGACAUUGUCGUGGACGUGGACGUGGACCUUGUCGUGGACGUGGACGUGGUCGUGGACGUGGACGUGGUCGUGGACGUGGACGUGGACGUGGACGUGGACGUGGACAUGGAAGUGGACGUGGACGUGGACGACUUGGACGUGGACGACUUGGACGUGGACGUGGACGUGGACGUGGACAUGGACGUGGACGUGGACGUGGACGUGGACGUGGACUUGGACGUGGACUUGGACGUGGACGUGGACGUGGACAUUGUCGUAAAGGUGGACGUGGACGUGGACAUGGACGUGGACAUGGACGUGGACGUGGACGUGGACGUGGACGUGGACGUGGACAGGGACGUGGACGUGGACGUGGUCGUGGACGUGGACGUGGACGUGGACAUUGACGUGGACGUGGACGUGGACGUGGACGUGGACGUGGACAUGGACGUGGACGUGGACGUGGACGUGGACGUGGACGUGGACGUGGACGUGGACGUGGACGUGGACGUAGACGUGGACAUGGACGUGGACGUGGACGUGGACGUGGACGUGGACAUGGACGUGGACAUGGACGUGGACGUGGACAUGGACAUGGACGUGGACUUGGACGUGGACGUGGACCUGGACGUGGACGUGGACGUGGACGUGGACAUGGACAUGGACGUGGACAUUGUCGACGUGGACGUGGACGAAGACGUGGACGUGGACGUGGACAUGGACGUGGACGUGGAUGUGGACGUGGACGUGGACAUUGUCGUGGACGUCGAGGUGGACGUGGACAUGGACGUGGACGUGGACGUGGACGUGGACGUGGACGUGGACAUGGACGUGGACGUGGACGUGGAGAACUUGGACGUGGACAUGGACGUGGACGUGGACGUGGACGUGGACGUGGACAUGGACGUGGACGUGGACGUGGACGUGGACGUGGACGUGGAGGUGGACAUGGAGGUGGACGUGGACGUGGACGUGGACGUGGAGGUAGACGUGGAGGACGUGGACGUGGACGUGGACGUAGACGUGGACGUGGACGUGGACCUGGACAUGGACGUGGACGUGGACCUGGACGUGGACCUGGACGUGGACCUGGACGUGGACGUGGACGUGGACGUGGACGUGGACGUGGAUAUUGUCGUGGACAUGGACGUGGACUUGGACGUGGACAUGGACGUGGACAUGGACGUGGACUUGGACGUGGACAUGGACGUGGACGUGGACGUGGACGUGGACGUGGACGUGGACGUGGACGUGGACGUGGACAUGGACAUGGACAUGGACGUGGACAUGGACAUGGACGUCGACGUGGACGUGGACGUGGACGUGGACGUGGACAUCGACGUGGACGUGGACGUGGACGUGGACGUGGACAUGGACUUGAACAUGGACGUGGACGUGGACGUGGACGUGGACAUUGUCGUGGACGUGGACAUUGUCGUGGACGUGGACAUUGUCGUGGACGUGGACAUUGUCGUGGACGUGGACGUGGACAUUGUCGUGGACGUGGACGUGGACCUUGUCGUGGACGUGGACGUGGACGUGGACGUGGACGUGGACAUGGACGUGGACGUGGACGACUUGGACGUGGACGACUUGGACGUGGACGUGGACGUGGACGUGGACGUGGACAUGGACGUGGACGUGGACGUGGACGUGGACGUGGACUUGGACGUGGACUUGGACGUGGACGUGGACGUGGACAUUGUCGUAAAGGUGGACGUGGACGUGGACAUGGACGUGGACAUGGACGUGGACGUGGACGUGGACGUGGACGUGGACGUGGACGUGGACCUGGACUUGGACGUGGACGUGGACGUGGACGUGGACUUGGACGUGGACGUGGACGUGGACGUGGACGUGGACAUUGUUGUGGACGUCGAUGUGGACGUGGACAUGGACGUGGACAUGGACGUGGACGUGGACGUGGACAUGGACGUGGACGUGGACGUGAACGUGGACAUGGACGUGGACGUGGACGUGGAGGACUUGGACGUGGACAUGGACGUGGACGUGGACGUGGACGUGGACGUGGACGUGGACAUGGACGUGGACGUGGACGUGGACGUGGACGUGGACGUGGACGAGGACAUGGACGUGGACAUGGAUGUGGACGUGGACAUGGACGUGGACGUGGACGUGGAGGUGGACGUGGACGUGGAGGACGUGGACGUGGACGUGGACGUGGACGUGGACGUGAACGUGGACGUGGACGUGGACAUGGACGUGGACAUGGACGUGGACGUGGACGUGGACGUGGACAUUGUCGUGGACAUGGACGUGGACAUUGUCGUGGACUUGGACGUGGACGUGGACGUGUACAUGGACGUGGACUUGGACGUGGACGUGGACGUGGACGUGGACGUGGACGUGGAGUGGACGUGGACGUGGACGUGGACGUGGACGUGGACGUGGACGUGGACGUGGACGUGGACAUUGUCGUGGACGUGGACGUGGACGUGGACGUGGUCGUGGACGUGGACGUGGACGUGGACGUGGACGUGGACAGGGACGUGGACGUGGACGUGGUCGUGGACGUGGACGUGGAGGUGGACGUGGACGUGGACGUGGACAUGGACGUGGACGUGGACGUGGACGUGGACGUCGACGUGGACGUGGACGUGGACGUGGACGUGGAGGUGGACGUGGACGUGGACAUUGACGUGGACGUGGACGUGGACGUUGACGUGGACGUGGACGUGGACGUGGACAUGGACGUGGACAUGGACGUGGACGUGGACGUGGAAAUUGUCGUGGACGUGGACGUGGACGUGGUCGUGGACGUGGACGUGGACGUCGACGUCGACGUGGACAGGAACGUGGACGUGGACGUGGACGUCGACGUGGACGUGGAUGUGGACGUGGACGUGGACAUUGUCGUGGACGUGGACAUUGUCGUGGACGUGGACGUGGACAUUGUCGGACGUGGACGUGGACGUGGACGUUGACGUGGACGUGGACAUGGACGUGGACAUUGUCGUGGACGUGGACAUUGUCGUGGACGUGGACGUGGACAUUGUCGUGGACGUGGACGUAGACGUGGACGUGGACGUGGUCGUGGACGUGGACGUGGUUGUGGACGUGGACGUGGACGUGGACGUGGACAUGGACGUGGACGUGGACGUGGACGACUUGGACGUGGACGUGGACGUGGACGUGGACGUGGACAUGGACGUGCACAUGGACGUGGACGUGGACGUAAAUGUGGACGUGGACGUGGACGUGGACGUGGACUUGGACGUGGACGUGGACGUGGACGUGGACGUGGACCUUGUCGUGGAGGUGGACGUGGACGUAGACAUGGACGUGGACAUGGACGUGGACGUGGACGUGGACAUGGACGUGGACGUGGACGUGGACUUGGACGUGGACGUGGACGUGGACGUGGACUUGGACGUGGACGUGGACAUUGUCGUGGACAUCGAGGUGGACGUGGACAUGGACGUGGACAUGGUUGUGGACGUGGACGUGGACGUGGACAUGGACGUGGACGUGGACGUGGACGUGGACAUGGACGUGGACGUGGACGUGGAGGACUUGGACGUGGACAUGGACGUGGACGUGGACGUGGACGUGGACAUGGACGUGGACGUGGACGUGGACGUGGACAUGGACGUGGACGUGGACGGGGACGUGGACGUGGACGUAGACGUGGACGUGGACGUGGACGUUGACGUGGACGUGGACGUGGAGGUGGACGUGGACGUGGAGGUGGACGUGGACGUAGACGUGGAGGAUGUGGACGUCGACGUGGACGUGGACGUGGACGUGGACGUGGACGUGGACGUGGACGUGGACGUGGUCGUGGACGUGGUCGUGGACGUGGACGUGGACGUGGACGUGGACGUGGACGUGGACGUGGACGUGGACGUGGUCGUGGACGUGGUCGUGGACGUGGACGUGGACGUGGACGUGGACGUGGACAUUGUCGUGGACGUGGACAUUGUCGUGGACGUGGACGUGGACAUUGUCGUGGACGUGGACGUAGACGUGGACGUGGACGUGGUCGUGGACGUGGACGUCGACGUGGACAGGGAUGUGGACGUGGACGUGGACGUUGACGUGGACGUGGACGUGGACGUGGACAUUGUCGUGGACGUGGACAUUGUCGUGGACGUGGACGUGGACAUUGUCGUGGACGUGGACGUAGACGUGGACGUGGUUGUGGACGUGGACGUGGACGUGGACGUGGUUGUGGACGUGGACGUGGACGUGGACGUGGACGUGGACGUGGACGACUUGGACGUGGACGUGGACGUGGACGUGGACGUGGACAUGGACGUGCACAUGGACGUGGACGUGGACGUAAACGUGGACGUGGACGUGGACGUGGACGUGGACGUGGACUUGGACGUGGACGUGGACGUGGACGUGGACGUGGACAUUGUCGUGGAGGUGGACGUGGACGUAGACAUGGACGUGGAGGUGGACGUGGACGUGGACGUGGACAUGGACGUGGACGUGGACGUGGACUUGGACGUGGACGUGGACGUGGACGUGGACGUGGACUUGGACGUGGACGUGGAGGUGGAUGUGGACAUUGUCGUGGACAUCGAGGUGGACGUGGACAUGGACGUGGACAUGGUUGUGGACGUGGACGUGGACGUGGACGUGGACAUGGACGUGGACGUGGACGUGGACAUGGACGUGGACGUGGACGUGGAGGACUUGGACGUGGACAUGGACGUGGACGUGGACGUGGACGUGGACAUGGACGUGGACGUGGACGUGGACAUGGACGUGGACGUGGACGUGGACAUUGUCGUGGACAUUGUCGUGGAGGUGGACGUGGACGUAGACAUGGACGUGGACAUGGACGUGGACGUGGACGUGGACGUGGACUUGGACGUGGACGUGGACGUGGACGUGGACUUGGACGUGGACGUGGACGUGGACGUGGACAUUGUCGUGGACAUCGAGGUGGACGUGGACAUGGACGUGGACAUGGUUGUGGACGUGGACGUGGACGUGGACAUGGACGUGGACGUGGACGUGGACGUGGACGUGGAGGACUUGGACGUGGACGUGGAGGUGGACGUGGACGUGGACGUGGACGUGGACAUGGACGUGGACGUGGACGUGGACGUGGACGUGGACGUGGAGGACUUGGACGUGGACGUGGAGGUGGACGUGGACGUGGACGUGGACGUGGACGUGGACGUGGACGUGGACGGGGACGUGAACGGGGACGUGGACGUGGACGUGGACGUGGACGUGGACGUGGACGUGGACGUGGACGUGGAGGUGGACGUGGACGUGGACGUGGACGUGGACGUGGACGUGGACGUGGACGUGGACGUGGACGUGGUCGUGGACGUGGUCGUGGACGUGGACGUGGACGUGGACGUGGACGUGGACGUGGACGUGGACAUGGACGUGGACGUGGACGUGGUCGUGGACGUGGACGUGGUCGUGGACGUGGACGUGGACGUGGACGUGGACAUGGACGUGGACGUGGACAUGGACGUGGACGUGGACGUGGACGUGGACGUGGACGUGGACGUGGUCGUGGACGUGGACGUGGACGUGGACAUAGACGUGGUCGUGGACGUGGACGUGGACGUGGACAUGGACGUGGACAUGGUCGUGGACGUGGACGUGGACGUGGACGUGGACGUGGACGUGGACGUGGACGUGAACGUGGACGUGGACGUGGACGUGGACGUGGACGUGGACGUGGACAUGGACGUGGACGUGGACGUGGACGUGGACAUGGACGUGGACGUGGACGUGGACGUGGACGUGGACGUAGACGUGGACGUGGACGUGGACAUGGACGUGGACGUGAACGUGGACGUGGACGUGGACGUGGACAUGGACCUUGUCGUGGACGUGGACGUGGACGUCGACGUGGACAUUGUCGUGGACGUGGACGUGGUCGUGGACGUGGACGUGGACGUGGACGUGGACGUGGACAUAGACGUGGACGUGGACGUGGACGUGGAUGUCGACGUGGACAUUGUCGUGGACGUGGACGUGGACGUGGACGUGGACGUGGACAUGGACGUGGACAUGGACGUGGACGUGGACGUGGACGUGGACAUGGACGUGGACGUGGACGUGGAGGACUUGGACGUGGACAUGGACGUGGACGUGGACGUGGACGUGGACAUGGAAGUGGACGUGGACGUGGACGUGGACGUGGACAUGGACGUGGACGUGGACGUGGACGGGGACAUGGACGUGGACGUGGACGUGGACGUGGACGUGGACGUGGACGUGGAGGUGGACGUGGACGUGGAGGUGGACGUGGACGUAGACGUGGAGGACGUGGACGUGGACGUGGACGUGGACGUGGACGUGGACGUGGACAUGGACGUGGACAUGGACGUGGACAUGGACGUGGACGUGGACGUGGACGUGGACGUGGACGUGGACGUGGACGUGGUCGUGGACGUGGACCUGGACGUGGACGUGGUCGUGGACGUGGACGUGGACGUGGACGUGGACAUUGUCGUGGACGUGGACAUUGUCGUGGACGUGGACGUGGACAUUGUCGUGGACGUGGACGUAGACGUGGACGUGGACGUGGUCGUGGACGUGGACGUGGACGUGGACAGGGACGUGGACGUGGACUUGGACGUUGACGUGGACGUGGACGUGGACAUUGUCGUGGACGUGGACAUUGUCGUGGACGUGGACGUGGACAUUGUCGUGGACGUGGACGUAGACGUGGACGUGGUCGUGGACGUGGACGUGGACGUGGACGUGGUGGUGGACGUGGACGUGGACGUGGACGUGGACGUGGACGUGGACGACUUGGACGUGGACGUGGACGUGGACGUGGACAUGGACGUGCACAUGGACGUGGACGUGGACGUAAACGUGGACGUGGACGUGGACGUGGACGUGGACUUGGACGUGGACGUGGACGUGGACGUGGACAUUGUCGUGGAGGUGGACGUGGACGUAGACAUGGACGUGGACAUGGACGUGGACGUGGACGUGGACGUGGACGUGGACAUUGUCGUGGACGUGGACGUAGACGUGGACGUGGUCGUGGACGUGGACGUGGACGUGGACGUGGUGGUGGACGUGGACGUGGACGUGGACGUGGACGUGGACGUGGACGACUUGGACGUGGACGUGGACGUGGACGUGGACGUGGACAUGGACGUGCACAUGGACGUGGACGUGGACGUAAACGUGGACGUGGACGUGGACGUGGACGUGGACGUGGACGUGGACUUGGACGUGGACGUGGACGUGGACGUGGACGUGGACAUUGUCGUGGAGGUGGACGUGGACGUAGACAUGGACGUGGACAUGGACGUGGACGUGGACGUGGACGUGGACAUGGACGUGGACGUGGACUUGGACGUGGACGUGGACGUGGACGUGGACGUGGACUUGGACGUGGACGUGGACGUGGACGUGGACAUUGUCGUGGACAUCGAGGUGGACGUGGACAUAGACGUGGACAUGGUUGUGGACGUGGACGUGGACGUGGACGUGGACAUGGACGUGGACAUGGACGUGGACAUGGACGUGGACGUGGACGUGGAGGACUUGGACGUGGACAUGGACGUGGACGUGGACGUGGACGUGGACGUGGACAUGGACGUGGACGUGGACGUGGACGUGGACAUUGUCGUGGACAUUGUCGUGGAGGUGGACGUGGACGUAGACAUGGACGUGGACAUGGACGUGGACGUGGACGUGGACGUGGACGUGGACGUGGACGUGGACUUGGACGUGGACGUGGACGUGGACGUGGACAUGGACGUGGACGUGGACGUGGACAUUGUCGUGGACAUCGAGGUGGACGUGGACAUGGACGUGGACAUGGUUGUGGACGUGGACGUGGACGUGGACAUGGACGUGGACGUGGACGUGGACGUGGACGUGGACGUGGACGUGGAGGACUUGGACGUGGACGUGGAGGUGGACGUGGACGUGGACGUGGACGUGGACGUGGACGUGGACGGGGACGUGGACGGGGACGUGGACGUGGACGUGGACGUGGACGUGGACGUGGACGUGGACGUGGACGUGGAGGUGGACGUGGACGUGGACGUGGACGUGGACGUGGACGUGGACGUGGACGUGGUCGUGGACGUGGACGUGGACGUGGACGUGGACGUGGACGUGGACGUGGACGUGGACGUGGACGUGGACAGGGACGUGGACGUGGACGUGGUCGUGGACGUGGACGUGGACGUGGACGUGGACGUGGACGUGGUCGUGGACGUGGUCGUGGACGUGGACGUGGACGUGGACGUGGACGUGGACGUGGACGUGGACGUGGACGUGGUCGUGGACGUGGUCGUGGACGUGGACGUGGACGUGGACGUGGACGUGGACGUGGACGUGGACAUGGACGUGGACGUGGACGUGGUCGUGGACGUGGACGUGGUCGUGGACGUGGACGUGGACGUGGACGUGGACGUUGACAUGGACGUGGACGUGGACGUGGACGUGGACGUGGACGUGGUCGUGGACGUGGACGUGGACGUGGACGUGGACAUGGUCGUGGACGUGGACGUGGACGUGGACGUGGACGUGGACGUGGACGUGGACGUGGACAUGGACGUGGACGUGGACGUGGACGUGGACGUGGACGUGGACGUGGACGUGGACAUGGACGUGGACAUGGACGUGGACGUGGACGUGGACGUGGACAUGGACGUGGACGUGGACGUGGACGUGGACGUAGACGUGGACGUGGACGUGGACAUGGACGUGGACGUGAACGUGGACGUGGACGUGACGUGGACAUGGACCUUGUCGUGGACGUGGACGUGGACGUGGACGUCGACGUGGACAUUGUCGUGGACGUGGACGUGGUCGUGGACGUGGACGUGGACGUGGACAUAG